CCGAGCAUGGCGGAUUCCUGCCGAAACCUCACCUACGUCCGGGGCUCAGUGGGCCCGGCCACCAGCACCCUGAUGUUCGUGGCGGGCGUGGUGGGCAACGGGCUGGCCUUGGGCAUCUUAGGGACGCGGCGCCGGUCACGCCCCUCGGCGUUUGCAGUGCUGGUCACGGGGCUGGCGGGCACCGACCUGCUGGGCACGUGCUUUCUGAGCCCCGCCGUGUUCGUGGCCUACGCCCGCAACAGCUCGCUGCUGGGCCUGGCCCGGGGAGGCCCGGCCCUCUGCAACGCCUUCGCCUUCGCCAUGACCUUCUUCGUCCUGGCCUCCACGCUCAUCCUGUUCGCCAUGGCGGUGGAGCGCUGCCUGGCGCUCAGCCACCCCUACCUGUACGCCCAGCUCGACGGGCCGCGCUGCGCCCGCCUGGCGCUGCCCGCCAUCUACGCCUUCUGCACCGUCUUCUGCUCACUGCCCCUGCUGGGCCUGGGGCGCCACCAGCAGUACUGCCCCGGCAGCUGGUGCUUCAUCCGCAUGCGCGCAGCCGAGCCGGGCAGCUGCGCCUUCUCAUUGGCCUACGCCAGCCUCGUGGCGCUGCUGGUGGCCGCCAUCUUCUUUUGCAACGGCUCGGUCACCCUCAGCCUCUGCCGCAUGUACCGCCACCAGAGGCGCCACCAGAGCUCAGUGGCGCCCGGGCCCCGGGCGGGCGAGGACGAGGUGGACUAUCUGGUCCUGCUGGCGCUCAUGACCGGGAUCAUGGCCGUGUGCUCCCUGCCACUCACGAUCCGCGGCUUCACGCAGGCCAUCGCCCCGGACAGCAGCGAGAUGGGGGACCUCCUCGCCUUCCGCUUCACCGCCUUCAACCCCAUCCUGGAUCCCUGGGUCUUCAUUCUCUUCCGCAAGGCUGUGUUCCAGCGCCUCCGGGUCUGGCUCUGCGGCCUGGGCCCCCCGGCUGCCAGCGGAGACUUGCAAACGCCCUUUGCCCAGCCCGCCUCGCGGAAGGACUCAAGGCCCCCCCCAGUCCUGGAGGGCAAGGAGGGGAGCUGGGUGCCUAUGUCAGCCUGGGGCGAGGGCCGCGUGGCCGCUUCACCUCUCGCGCAGGGAUCUGGCGGCCUCGGGGGAACGGGCUCCAAGGCCGAGCCCGCCGCAGCCUGCUCUCUGUGCUGA